GGUGCUGCCUGUAACUUUAAAAAGGGGGGUUACACUACCGGGUCAGUUUCAGCAAGCCUCGAAGCAGCACUGGACUGUGACUUGCUAAAUGUCACGCUAAACUUGUUACAGCUGUUUUAUUCUAGAGUAGAAGCAAUGGAGAUUCCGAUAUUUACUGUUGAUUCUUUUAGUAAUUUACCAUUCAAAGGUAAUCCUGCUGCAGUAUGUCUUAUAGAGAAUGAGCUGCAAGAUGAUCUUUAUCAGAGCAUUGCUGCUGAAAUGAAUUUAUCAGAGACUGCUUUCAUCACAAAAAGGAAUUCUGUGGAUUUUUCUUCAGGUUCGAGGUUUGGGUUACGCUGGUUUACUCCCACAUGCGAGAUGCCGCUAUGUGGACAUGCUACCCUGGCCUCAGCAGCAGUGCUCUUUUACAUGAAAAAAAAUAUCAACCCUGUACUGGUGUUUGAGACGAUGAGUGGAGAGCUUUAUGUGCGUCAGCAUGAAGAAUCUCUAAUAAUGGACUUCCCCUUAAACAAACCAGACCCCCAGGAUCAACAUGAAAUCAAAGGUCUUCUGAAAGCCGUAGUAGGAGAUGUACCCAUUCAGGAUGUGUGCUACAAUCCAACCACAAGAAACCUGGUGAUUCGUCUGGCUGACACAUGUGACAGAUCUGAACUCACAUCUUUGAAGCCUGAAGCAAAAGCUCUGUUGAAAAAUGACUCUACUGGGAAGAUGAACGGUGCCAUUGUUACAAUGAAGGGAGCUCCAAACACACAACCUGGAUAUGACUUUUAUUCCCGUUACUUUUCUCCGUGGGUAGGGGUCCUUGAAGAUCCAGUCUGUGGGUCUGCGCAUACAGUUCUUGCUGCCUACUGGUCUGAAAAGCUGAACAAAAAGAAGAUGUUGGCAUAUCAGUGCUCCAGUCGUGGAGGAGAGCUGGGGCUGGAGAUCAGGGAUGAUGGUCGACUCAACAUCAGUGGUCGAGCAAAAGUCGUUCUUCAGGGAACUCUUAACAUCUAGACAACCUGAAAAACCUUCUCACUGAAUGUGUUUAUAGCUGAAUGGAAAAGGCCAUUUUAUUUCUUAAAGAUUUGCAAACUGAUGUUUCAUUCACUGAAUGGACAAAUGUAGUUAUUUGCCUGCCGAAAUACAUUAAAAAUGUUUUCUUUUAAAAGUC